UCACACUUUUUCCUUUUCGUAUGUUUCCCUCGCACGGCACGCUUUUUUUCGUCUGUUCGGGUCGUUUGGCUAUUCGAAAUAAAAAUUUCAAAAUUAACAACUAAUUGGCCAGCGACGUGCAUUCAAAUCAGAAGCGAAGGCGGAAACAUCGAGAGAAGGAGCGCGUGAAGAAAGUACCAGAAAUCCGGGAGUUUUUACGCGGCGCGCGUGCAGCUCACACACAUUGCCACACUCUAUACGUGCGAUUGACGCAAAAGCGAAAAAAACAGUGAAAAAAAGGAAUUGACGAAUAACAACGUUUGGGAAGCAUUGGACUCUGGUCGCUGUUCUCGUUCUCUUCGAAAUUGCCACGCAUGGACGACGAAGUCAUCGAAAUUAGCGAUAGCGAACGCGAGGAAACCUCAUCAAACUCCGAUAUGGACGUUGAAUUAACGGUGGAGCAGCCAGUCGAUGCCAACGUCGCUGCGGCAGAGGAAAUUGUGCCCAAGGACGCUGCAACCAUUGCCGAAGAGAAGAAGAAACUGGGCAACGACCAAUACAAGGCGCAGAACUAUCAGAAUGCACUCAAGCUCUACACGGACGCCAUAUCGCUGUGUCCGGACUCGGCGGCAUAUUACGGAAAUCGGGCCGCCUGCUACAUGAUGUUGCUCAACUAUAAUAGCGCCCUGACCGACGCCCGCCACGCCAUCCGCAUCGAUCCGGGCUUCGAGAAGGCCUACGUCCGUGUGGCCAAGUGCUGUCUGGCCCUGGGCGACAUCAUCGGCACCGAACAGGCCGUCAAAAUGGUCGUCGAGCUGAAUCCGCAGAGCACGGCCGUGAGUGUCGAACAGGCGGCGGCGCUGAAGUUGCGCCAACUGGAGGCAACCAUCCAGACCAACUACGACACAAAGGCCUAUCGGAAUGUGGUGUUCUACCUGGACAGUGCCUUGAAAUUGGCACCCGCUUGCUUGAGAUAUCGCCUUCUCAAAGCUGAAUGCCUUGCAUAUUUGGGACGCUGCGAUGAGGCCUUGGACAUUGCUGUGGGAGUGAUGAAGCUGGAUACCACCUCGGCGGACGCUAUUUAUGUGAGGGGACUGUGCCUGUACUACACCGAUAAUCUGGACAAGGGAAUCCUGCACUUUGAGCGCGCCCUGACCCUUGACCCUGACCACUACAAGUCCAAGCAGAUGCGCAGCAAAUGCAAGCAGCUAAAGGAGAUGAAGGAGAAUGGCAACAUGCUGUUCAAAUCGGGUCGCUAUCGCGAAGCUCACGUCAUAUACACGGACGCUUUGAAGAUCGACGAGCACAACAAGGAUAUCAAUUCGAAACUGCUUUACAAUCGGGCAUUGGUCAAUACACGCAUCGGGAAUUUACGCGAGGCCGUGGCCGACUGCAAUAGGGUGCUGGAACUCAAUAACCAGUAUCUGAAGGCCCUGCUGCUGCGUGCCCGCUGCUAUAACGAUCUGGAGAAAUUCGAGGAGUCGGUGGCCGACUACGAGUCGGCGCUGCAGCUUGAGAAAACGCCCGAGAUCAAGCGACUGCUGCGCGAUGCCAAGUUUGCGCUGAAGAAGUCGAAGCGAAAGGACUACUACAAGAUUCUGGGCAUCGGACGCAGUGCCACCGACGAUGAGAUCAAGAAGGGGUAUCGCAAAAAGGCGCUGGUCCAUCAUCCUGAUAGACAUGCCAAUAGCAGUGCCGAGGAGCGCAAGGAGGAGGAGCUCAAGUUCAAGGAGGUGGGCGAGGCGUACGCCAUUCUGUCCGAUGCGCGCAAAAAGGCGCGCUACGACAGCGGUCAGGACAUUGAGGAGCAAGAGCAAGCCGACUUCGAUCCGAAUCAGAUGUUCCGCUCAUUCUUCCAAUUCAACGGCGGCGGUGGCGGUGGUGGCGGCGGUGGCGCCGGCGGUGGCCGAAAUUACUCGUUCAACUUUGAUUUCUAAAACAAACCCCAUCAUCCCUCCACCCAUGUUCUGCCUCAUCGGAAGCCAACGCGACCUCCUUCAACACAGCAGCGCACAAACUUGAAAACUUUUUGCAUUUGUUUUCUACGAAUAACAUAUGUAGUUUGCUUGUCUAAAAGAAUGAAGACGAGCGAAAUUCUAUGAAAAUCUAUGCAAAUUAUUCAAACAACAAAUUUCUGGUUUACUCUCACAUUUAAAAUGUUUUUUAAAAUCAUUUCGGCGGCAUUAAAUCACGAAUAAUAAAUCAUGAAAAUUAUGUAAAACAAAUUUAUAAAUGUAUAUGUGAAGUUGCUAUAUCCAGUUGUUGUUGGAUCCGCCGGCCCUGCGAGUCCUGCGCCUGCGCGCGUACGCUCAGAUUAUCGAGGAUUAACUGAUUAAUUAUGAUUAAUGAAUGCGUAGCCUUAUUGUAUAACCAAUUUUAUUUUUACUCAUUAAGCCAGACACUUAAGUUUCGUUUCUAAGUUACAAAACAAAAAAAUUAUGCUAAAACACACAAAUCAAUCAAAAACCAAUAACGUAUCCGACUUAGUUAUUGUUUUGUGUAACUAUACGAUGAAGAAUAUAUGUGAAGUGAAAGCAUCAAGUAAAAAUAGUAAACAGAAAAAAA